AUGUCGCUCGCCCCAGUCGCCGGUCUAUCGCCACCCUCGAUCCCAGGCCCUUCUCCGAAAACACCUCCUCUCACUCUGAAACCAGACCCCUUAGUCGCCGGUCCAUCGGGACCCUCGACCCCAGGCCCUCGUUCGAAAGUACUUCCUCUCACUCCGAACGCAAGUCGCCCUCGGCUCUCUGCUCAUCCUUCUCCAAAUUCCAUCGAUACAACCAAGCUUUUUCGCCUCUCUGAAGAAUCUAGCCUUGAAGAUGACGCCGCCGUAUUCGCCGAUAUGUCACAGGAUAUCAUUGUGCCAAUGACUCCCAUGGACCGUCAGUCGUUCGACUUAUCCCCGGACGCUGCCGCACAUGUUGUAAAACGCAAGAGAGGGGUUUUAAUCGACUUCACCGCUCCCACUAUGGUAUUCCGUAAUGCAAAUACCCGUCUCGAUUUUACGCCUGUCCGAGGAGGUCGAAUGUCGCCAGCCGUCGGAUUCGCCGACAUGGCCCCAGAUGUCUUUGUACCGAGUACCUCUAUGGACCGUGAGUCGUUCGAACUAUCGCCCGGCGCUGCCGGAAAUUUCGGAAGAACUGAGAGAGAGGCUUCAAUCGAUUUUACUUCUCGGAUUGCGCUGUUCCCUAGGGCAAAUACCCGUCUUGAUUUUACGUCUGUCCGAGGACCACAGAGGCCGCCAACUAGGGCUCUAUCUGACAACGCAUCUGCAGCUUUUGAAGAUGUUUUUAGAGAUGCUGCGGGGGCCGCUGCGGGGGCCGCUGCGGGAGAUGCUCCAGAGGAUGCUGAUAAUGAAGAUGCUGCCGGAGAUGCUGCCGGAGAUGCUGCCGGAGAUGCACCAGAGGAUGCUCCAGAGGAUGCUCCAGAGGAUGCUGAUAAUGAAGAUGCUGCUUCAGAUGUCGAUGAAGAUGCUGCGGAAGAAGCUGCGGGAGAAGCUGCGGGAGAUGCUGCUGGAGAUGCUGCGGAAGAUACUCCAGAGGAUGCUGAUAAUGAAGAUGCUGCGGGAGAUGCUGAUGAAGAUCCUGCUUCAGGUUCCGAUGAAGAUCCUCUCAGUUUUCAUGAAGAAGAUACUUCAAGUUCUUAUGAAUACUCUUCAGACAAUGAUGAUUCCGCUUCAGGUAUUGGCGAAGAUUCGCCGGAGCUUCCUGACGCGAACGGAGCUUCACUCAAUCCUCCGGCCAUCAUCGAUCUUGCGUCUUCGCCCGCUAGAGUGUCCACUACCAACAACUUCAUCGAUCUCACGUCUCCACCCGCUGGAGUUUCCACUGCCAACAACUUGAUCGAUCUUACGUCUCCACCCGCUGGAGUUUCCACUGCCAAUAACUUCAUCGACCUUACAUCGGCCACGAACACGCCAACGAAAGUCAUGCCUGGCAACGUCCCUACCACUUUGGGUACUGAUCACGAGUCCACGGAGAUGUCUUCCGCAAAGAGAGCCCGACUCAACUCUGCUACUCCUUCCGCUCGUGUCGCAAAGGAAUCUCAAGCAUCUGCUUCCGCUCCCAGCUACGCACCAAACCCCUCGCAGGACGUCGCCCUUGACAGCGAUCAGACUGUUGUGGGAGAGGCUAGAGGUCGUGAGCAUAUGGAUAAUGACAGAGAUGACAGCGAAGAGGCGGCACGCUCCCGACUCCCUCAUCCCUCCCAACCUAGCAACGAGGUCCGCCCAGCAAACCCAUCCCUCCAAACCGCAACCAAUCUCGGGGCAAGAUUGCGCGCCGUUGCCGCCAUCAACGACAAUGGCUCGGGCCCUGUGACCCAGGAACACAACGGUGCAUCUCUCCUCGCCCAGGACGAGCAACAGAGCGGUUCCAAGGCGCCCUCUGCGUACCUCCAAGACUCGUCCGUCACCGCCGCAUCUUUCCUCCCCGCAACCCCCGCCAAUCCCGCAGCAGCCGCUCCCGAAGCUGCGCUCGACAAGCACGAUGAUGCCAAGCUGGGUGAGGACAAGGAGGUGGCGCUACCGGCUGCUCAGAACGACGACCAAACUGGCUCAACCCCGACCCCGACCCCGGCACCGGCUCCCGCUCCCGUCGACGACUCAAACUGGUACAGACGUCUCCCCAUGCCGACCGGCUAUGACUCGUGGGAGGAGUACUGGGAGGAGAAGCGCGCUGCGGGCGAGACUUGCGAUCCUGAUGGGACUUUCCGCACUCCGGUUCCUAAGGAGAAGGUGGUGGAGCAGUGGAUUGAUGAGUGGUCGAAGUUUGAUUGA